CGUCAUUUCACGAUCGAUGAGCACACAAUAGUUUGGAACAAUAAGUGAGGAAUAGAGAUAUUCUCUCUUAAUGCUGCAUUAUCCCAUAACGAUUGAAUGAACCCCGGAUGUCGAACUUGGACUUGACUUUGCGUCAUCAAUAUAGACGAAUAAGAAUAUAAAUUAUAUGCCCAACACAGAGUGAAUUCAUCCUGAAAAUUGAGUCUGACCACUGCAGUGUAGAAAGCGACCUGUGUAGACAUAUGGCGACAUUGGUGAUUUAGAUCACAGGGUCGCGGAGGAAAAUAACAGGUAGUAGUGGUUUCAUUGCUCGAUGAAAGUCAAGAUCAAGAUCCAACAUUUAACGACGGCUGAUUCAUGAAACUGGAUUACAAUUACAACAUCACACAGUCGUAAAAGAAUUCGAUAUCAAAGGAGCUUCAAUAAUACCACCAAAAGCACUACCUACGACUAAUCACCUUCACACCACGCGGCGACUACUCUACAUAUUUAUUUAUGUACAUAAGCCUAAAUAGCUGUUACAUAUUCUUACGCAAUCCCCUGCUCAUCCGAGGUUGAGUUCAUGUUGAUGUUGAUAGUCAAAGAAGAAGUGUGCAACAUAUUCACAAGCAAAUCUUUGUAAUAUCCCAAAAGUCAUAAAGCCAACAGAUCAGCAGAGAGUUUAUUCAUCACGAGAGGAGAACUCUAAGGCAGCUACCUAGCUCACCUCAGCACCAUUUAUUAUUUACAUGCGAAGGAGAUUACACUUAAGAACUGACGAGAUAUCAUAUCUUCAUCCGAAUUGAUAGACGAAUACUUGAGCUGUUCAUUCAAAAGUCAACCUGCAGGCCGUUCGCCCAUGUGUAUCCACUCGGCUGUUAUCUUGUUUACUACCUUUUGGUGUAAUUGGAGCUGAAUCCCAUUGUAAUUGGAUGCAGUCGAGUCGAUGCAACAACAAAUCAUCUGAAUAAUAUGUAACAUAAUAACUCGGACGGAACUAUCCCCACUAUUUACCAGAUUAUUGUACGCCUAGCAGCAAAUCCAUUACCAAUUGAAUCAUUGCCUCUGCACCCAUUGUUUCCUAUCCUUCACUCGCCCCCCAAAUAUAUUCUGCACUGCCAUAAUUUACAUGCAUUCCACAAGUUCAAGUCGUCUCAUUAUUAUGUUUCGUAGUAGCAUCUCUUGUGCUCCUUAGUGGCCAUAGACAUUUAGUAGAGCGAUCGGGUCUAGUCUGUGAUUCUAGUUGACAGACAACUCUGCUGCUGACAUUGCAACGUUGGAUUGUGCAAUAUUUGCAAAAAAAGAUUUGCCAGAGAAGGAAGAAGAAAGAGCGGAUUAGUAAAUCAUUGAGUGAGUCGAAUUAUUUUCUGGACAGUUCUGCAAUAAGUGAGUGAGUGAGCGGGUGAGGGAGGGAUACGCUAUUUAGCAAGCAGGUCCACUUUACAUGUGCAUGCAAUUUCAUUAGCAACCAAUUCCUUCAGUGCUGAACAUAAUCAAUCUGUUAUUGCUUACAAUAUUAGCGAAUUGCUGUGUAUUGCAUCAACUUUUGCACAUUGUGGGCAGCGUAACCACAUACACGUAUUUAGGAUAACCAGGCGGAGGAGAGGAUAGCAAACCCCUCAGCAUUGCAGUGCCAGUGCGUCAAAAAUUACAUAGAAGCAAACUAACCAACCACCAACCCCACACCGCACUUCCUUCUUACACUAUUUCCAAAUUCUCAUUUUUUGCAUUUCUUCCCUCAAUUUCAAUUGGAAAACCAUGGUGCUGCAAACGCAUGGAAUCAAGGAGUGGGGAUACUGCAACCACAAUGGUCCGUCGACAUGGGGAGAAAACUUUCCUUUGGCGAAUGGCCCGAGACAGUCCCCGAUCGACAUCCAGACGGAUAAUAGCACGUUGGACCAGAGUUUGACUCCGCUGAGAUACGAGUACUCCAAGAAAUCCAAAACCUUGGUCAAUACUGGAGCAGGAUGGAAAGUAACCGUAGUUGGAGCAGGUUCAGUGCUGGAGGGAGGACCUCUGAACUACAAGUAUAAACUGGAGCAGUUUCAUUGCCACUGGGGGAAUGACAACUCGUGUGGAUCAGAACACACGGUGGAUGGGAAAUCGUUCCCAGCGGAGAUUCAUCUGGUUCACUGGAAUUGCGAUAAAUAUUCCAGCUUUGACGAGGCGGUUGAUAAGGAGGACGGAUUGGCUGUACUCGGCAUCUUCUUCCAGGUUGGCAAUGAGAAUGGAACUAUGAGCUGUGUGACCGACUUGCUGCACAGGGUUCCCCACAAGGAUGACAUCAUUCCAAUGGAAUUUGAAAUCGAUCCAGCCAAAUUUAUUCCAGAAAACCCAAGCUACUGGACAUACCCAGGGUCGCUAACUACUCCACCAUGUCUGGAGAGUGUGUCAUGGAUUGUGUUCCGUGAACCCGUGGACAUUUCAGAGAAGCAGUUGGAAGUCUUCCGCUCGAUGUACAACUACGGGCGUCUGGAUCGUACUCCAGAGGACGAGUUCCGUGGAAAAAUCUUGUCCAACUACCGACCACCAUUGGAGCUCGGGGCUAGGAAGGUGCGCUACUGUCAACUGGGAUAGCAAAACUGGUCCCCUGGCAGCAGCAGAAUAGAGAGUCCAAGCCUUAUCAAUGUCUCCACCGUGUUGGUCACAUUAGAAAAUACCACAACGUUCCUUGAAUUCAAUUUACUACUUCUUUGAUCUUCAGCAACCUCAUCCUAUUUCAUUCAUCAGCAUCCCAUCAUCUCGCCUUCUGUAUAUUUAUUUUCUCUGUCGCCCACAAAUCGCCCAAAUUCCAACUUCUCAAGACAUAUCUCGUCAUCCCCUUCAACCUGGUCAACGAUCCCGUCGUUUUGGUUUAUUGGAGAAAAAUUCAGAUUUUCACUUUUAUUCCCAAUUAUGUUAAUGAGCAAAUGUAUUUCAGACGAUUACAAUACAGAAACUUUCCGUUCGAAAUUUACCCAUGCAUGUACUUAAAACUAUUUCAUACGGAUGCCAAAAAUUGUAACUGUGUGUCAAGAAUCAAAUUGUUUGAAAAUUUUAAUAUUGUAAAUGACGACCUGCAUACUUAACGUAAUUGGAAGACGAAAGUAGAAAAAUUGGACUCUAGAAAAAUUGGAUUAAAAAAAUUAUUGAUAGCUCAUGAGUUAAAGAAAGUGAUGAUUCACACGCAAAAUUUUAUGUAAAAUGACUAAAGUCUGAGAACUAACUGAGAAAUAUUUUGAUUCGAGGAUUUCCAAAAUUAUCGAGAUUCUGACUGAAAUGAUAAUCCUAAAAAAACUAUCAGCUUUAACCACAAACUAAAUUAAGAAUAAAUUUUAAAAAUUGGUGUUCAAUAACAGGUGACAAAUUCAAAUCGGAUGUUUAAAACUACUUGAGCUUUUGUGCAAUCAAGUCUGGUGUCUUGCUAUUGAUUCAUAAAUGUAUCUGUUCAGUUUAAAAUGCAAUGCAAGUAAUGAGCAUUAGUAAUGGCAGUUCUAAUUGAAGGGAAAGUGAGCUGGUUGUGCACAUCUUUGUAAAUUAAUCAAUGCGUGUACAUUUAAAGUAUAAAGAAAUAGCAAUAUAUACAAAUAUUCCAUUGUAUGUGUAGAACUAAACUUGGAAUUAUAUUUCAAUAUGAGAUCGUGUAUCAACAAAGACUUGAUGUGAUAAUGAACAUAUACAUAAUUAUCUAUUUAACAGGGAUGUAAAUUGGCUUUAUUUUCCGGUGGGUUGUUAGUAAUAAUUAUUUGAGGGAAAUAAUAAUACUAUGAGUAUGCCGACUAGUCGUAGACUUACUAAUUUUCGUCUAUACCAAGCAAUUAUAAGCUCUCGAUGCACAAUGUGAUUAUGAGCUCUACAUAUGUGUAUGUAUGUAAAAGUGAAAGUUCUGCAUGAAAUUAACCAUGCAACAUUUGUAGGAUGAUUGUAAUACAAGUUUAAUUAACCUGAUGAACAUUGGUGAUGGUAAAUUUUGAACGGUUAUGGUUUCCUCCACCUAUACUUUAAACUGGAUAUACAAUAGUUGGGAAAUAAUAAUUUUGUAGUCGAAAUGUAUAAAAAUAUCUGUUUAUUUGCGUGAUGAACAAAUUUAUGUAGGAUAAGUUACAUAAAUUUACGUAAGUAUGUGCAUACAUACGAGUUGUGUAUAAUCUGGAGUCACAGCGAAAUGUACCUUGAAGGAGUGCUUAUUAUCUCGGGUUCACAAGAUAAGAAGGAGAAUGCUGGAUACAAAAAAAAGAAAUGAUGAAAUAUGUGACCCGAUGAUGCAAACAAGUGAAAUCUAAAUAAAAUAGUAAACAGCUAUAGUUUUUAGAACUUGAACAAAAA